CUAAAGACAAAACCCCACCGAAAGCUUCCAACACUUUUUCUAAUUUCACUCACUCAAAAAGCCUCAAUCAUAACCACACCAUGCAUCAACCGGAAGACCAAGACCUUUACCGCUUCAUCGCCGGAGAAAGCGUCAUGAACGUCUCCCCAUACGGUUUCCCAGAAAACUGUGACUUUCCGGCGAUGCAAAGCUUCUGUAGUUCCUCCUAUUAUCCCUUGGAGGUGGCGGGACUGGCGGACACGCCACCACAGGAUAGAGCUCUUGCCGCUUUGAAGAAUCAUAAGGAGGCCGAGAAGAGGAGGAGGGAGAGAAUCAACUCCCAUCUCGAUAAACUGAGAAGUCUUCUUCCUUGUAAUUCUAAGACGGACAAAGCUUCCCUGCUGGCAAAGGUAGUCCAACGUGUGAAGGAACUGAAAGAGGAAACCUCAGAAAUCACAGAGCUCGAAACGUUUCCUUCGGAGACAGACGAAAUCACCGUCCUCGCCGGCGAUUAUUCUAGCGACGGCCGGUUGAUAUUCAAAGCCUCAUUGUGCUGCGAGGACCGCACGGACCUGAUACCGGACCUGAUCGAGAUCCUAAACUCUCUCCACCUGAAAACUCUCCGGUCGGAGAUGGCGACGCUCGGCGGCAGAAUUCGGAACGUGCUUGUUGUGGCUGCAGAUAAAGAUCACAGCAUUGAAUCAGUGCAUUUCUUGCAAAAUGCGUUGAAAUCUUUGCUGGAACGUUCAAGUUCGAGUGAUCGGUCAAAGAGGCGGCGCAUAUUGGAUCACAAAAUGAUUAUGUGAUGUUUUGGUUGUUUUUUAAUUAUAAUUCCAUUUUCAGAUUUUCGUUAGUUUUUUGGAUUUGAUUUUGCUGCAUGAUGAGGUGGCCGGGUUGUAUGUGUGAUGGGUUUGAUGGGUAUAUAUAUAUAUAUACAUAUGUAUAUCUUCCAUUGCAGUGGAAAAGAGUAGAAGAAUCUGUGUAAGUGUGACAAUGGCGUCUGUAAAAGCAUUGGUUGUGUGAGUUUCGAAGCUCAAAGUGAUGGAUGAUGAUUAU